ACUACACCAGUCAUUUGUUCUCUCCCUCCCCUCUACAGACAACAGCACCCCAUGUAUAGCGGAGGAGGGGACCUGCGCUGGCAGCAGCCCAACCCCAGCCCAGGUGGUCCGUACCUAGCUUACCCCAUCCUGUCCUCCCCCCAGCCUCCAGUCUCCAACGACUACACCUACUACCAGAUCAUGCCUGCACCCUGCUCCCCCAUGAUGGGCUUUUACCAGCCCUUCCCAGGAACGUACGCCGGGCCCCUGCAGCCUGGCGUGGUAAACCCUAUAUCAGCUGACGUCAGCGAGAGACCGGCCCCUCUCGGACAGGCGUUUGGACUAGCUAAUCAGAGAGGUGGGAGGGGCAUGGUCAGACCUGCCGUUCUACCCAAGUCUAUGUUCUAUCAGCAGCAGCAGGUGGGGUUGUGUCAGUCCCUGAGGGCCAGAAGGCCCCCCAUGAGGCCUGUAGCUGUCCAGAAGGAGGUGUGUUCCUCUGGGCCAGAUGGACGGACCAAGACAGUCCUACUCGUGGACGCUGCCCAACAGACUGACUUCCCAGGGGACAAUGCGUGUGGUCGUGGUGCGUCGGAGCGGGCCAGCCCCCUGCUGUGGAAGAACCUUCCCCGGAGAAGGCGGGCCUCGCACCCUGCCGAGAGCUCCAGCGAGGCGGACAUCGACAGCGACAGCGGAUACUGCAGCCCCAAACACAACCAGCAGGCCCCGGGGGUUACGCAACACAAUGCCCACGCUGCUAUAGCUCCUACGGGAGUGGAUGCAGGUUGUAUGACAGCGGUAAGCUGGGUGAACGUAGCGUCUCAGGCCUCUCAGAGGCCGUGGUCAGACAACAGGACCACCCCGUUCCAACGGACAGGGAAGACCCCUGAUCAGAGGAACUACUCGCAGCAGGACUUCCAUGCAGGGUACUCAGGGGGGCGUGUCUGUUCUAACCCCACCCCCGCAGACAGUAACAGUGGUCUGCAGCAGAGACGGCCCCAGCCCGGACUGGGCCCUGGGACGGUGCUUGCUCCUGAGCCACUCUACUUUGAGGAUGAGGAUGAGUUUCCAGAGCUGGUCUCAGGAGGGGCACAGAGGAACAUCAAACCAGACCCUAACCCUUCCCAGAACCAACACCAGACCAAACUAACCAAGAACCUGCUGGAUAACCUUCCAGAGAACUCUCCCAUCAACAUCGUCCAGACCCCCAUCCCCAUCACCACCUCCGUCCCCAAGAGGGCCAAGAGUCAGAGGAAGAAGGCCCUGGCCGCUGCCCUGGCUACAGCGCAGGAGUACUCUGAGAUCAGCAUGGAGCAGAGGAAACUACAGGAGGCACUGACCAAAGCAGCAGGGAAGAAGAGUAAGACUCCAGUCCAGUUGGACCUGGGAGACAUGCUGGCUGCUCUGGAGAAACAGCAGCAGGCCAUGAAGGCUAGACAAAUAACCAAUACUAAACCACUGUCCUUCACAGUGGGUACAGCAGCCCCGUUCCAUGGUUCAGGGCAAGGUGCCGGGUCGGGAGCAGGGUCAGGUAUAGUAUCAAUGUUGCAGGCCCACUCUGCCCCCCUCAACAUGCUGGACUCCAGCGCUCCACGCCUGAAGAGAGGGAAGGAGAGAGAGAUCCCUAAAGUCAAACGACCCACCGCCCUGAAGAAGAUCAUUCUGAAGGAGCGUGAGGGGAAGAGGGGGAAGGGGGGUGUUGAUCAGAUUGCUGCCAGCCAGGAAGAACAGGGAGAAGAGGAGCUACACUUCACUGAUGACCUCACACGGGAACCUGCCUCUCAGGAGGAGAACGGUCUGAGCGUGCCCAGUGAUGACGCGUCCCUGUCCCCGGCCAGUCAGAACUCUCCGUACAGCAUCACGCCAGUUUCCCAGGGUUCCCCUGGCUCCUCUGGCAUCGGCAGCCCCAUGGCCUCUAACGCCAUUACCAAGAUACACAGCCGCCGCUUCAGAGAGUACUGUAACCAGGUGUUGAAUAAAGAGAUAGAUGAGAGUGUGACGAUGCUGCUGCAGGAACUGGUCCGGUUCCAGGAGAGGGUUUAUCAGAAGGACCCCAGCAAAGCCAAGACCAAACGCAGACUGGUCAUGGGCCUUAGAGAGGUCACCAAACACAUGAAGCUCCACAAGAUCAAGUGUGUCCUCAUCUCACCCAACUGUGAGAAGAUCCAGGCCAAAGGGGGUCUAGAUGAGGCUCUGUACAACGUCAUAGCCAUGGCAAGAGAACAGGAGAUCCCGUUUGUGUUUGCUCUGGGUAGGAAGGCUCUGGGACGCUGUGUCAACAAACUGGUGCCUGUCAGUGUGGUGGGCGUCUUCAACUUCUCUGGAGCAGAGGGUCUGUUUAACCGGUUAGUGUCUCUGACGGAGGAUGCUCGUAAGUCCUACAAGGACAUGGUGUCAGCGCUGGAGCAGGAGCAGGCUGAGGAGGCGCUGAAGAACGUCAAGAAGGUCACCCACCACAUGGGCCACUCCAGGAACCCCUCCGCUGCCUCUGCUAUCUCCUUCUGCUCCGUCAUCUCUGAGCCCAUCUCUGAGGUCAACGAGAAGGAGUACGAGACCAACUGGAGGAGUAUGGUGGAAUCGUCAGAUGGGCUGGAGCCUGUGGAGGCUAAACCCAGCCAUCCUGCUACUUCCUCUGGGUUGCAGAGAGACAACCAGCCCUCCUCCACCACCACCAACCGCAGCCCUUACUCCACUACCCUCCAGCUCAGAGCAGCCGUCCCUGCUCCAGGCUCAGGCCCGGGGGAGAGAGAAGAGGGCCGGGCAGACGACCGGUUGGAGCUGGCCUCCCAGCAGAGCACGGAGACGGGCAGUUUGGAUGGGAGCUGCAGGGACCUCCUCAACUCCUCCAUCACCUCCACCACCUCCACCCUGGUCCCCGGUAUGCUGGAGGAGGCAGAGGAAGAGGAGGAGGAGGAGGAAGAGUACACACCAGAGCCCAUCUCUGUGGAGGUGCCUGCGGUCAUCAGCCGUAUUGAGUCCUGGGUGUCUAAGACGCUGGAGAACCUUCAGCUGGGGAAGAGCCAGGACAGCACAGAGGAAGAGGAGGAAGAGGAGGAGGAGGGAGUGCAGAGUGAGGAGGAAGAGGAGUUGGAUUCUGCUGAUGUCACAGAGACUGGGCUGGAGAAGAUGGAGGCCAAUAAUAUCACUGGCUGAUUAGACUUCAUUCAUCCCUCUUUCUCUUUUUUGUUUCUCGCUAAAUUCGCUCUGUGUACACUCUGUCGCUCCAUCUGUGUACACUCUGUCGCUCCAUCUGUGUACACUCUGUCGCUCCAUCCGUGUACACUCUGUCGCUCCAUCUGUGUACACUCUGUCGCUCCAUCUGUGUACACUCUGUCGCUCCAUCUGUGUACACUCUGUCGCUCCAUCUGUGUACACUCUGUCGCUCCAUCUGUGUACACUCUGUCGCUCCAUCUGUGUACACUCUGUCGCUCCAUCUGUGUACACUCUGUCGCUCCAUCCGUGUACACUCUGUCGCUCCAUCUGUGUACACUCUGUCGCUCCAUCUGUGUGCACUCCGUCGCUCCAUCUGUGUACACUCCAUCACUUGUCUUCCUCACCCCCCCUUCACACCUGUCCCCCUAACCUGCACUCUUUCACCUUUACCACCCCCCCUUCACACCUGUCCCCCUAACCUGCACUCUUUCACCUCUACCACCCCCCCUUCACACCUGUCCCCCUAACCUGCACUCUUUCACCUCUACCACCCCCCUUCACACCUGUCCCCCUAACCUGCACUCUUUCACCUCUAUCACCCCCCCCUUCACACCUGUUCCCUUAACCUGCACUCUUUCACCUCUAUCACCCCCCCUUCACACCUGUCCCCCUAACCUGCACUCUUUCACCUCUAUCACCCCCCCCUUCACACCUGUUCCCUUAACCUGCACUCUUUCACCUCUAUCACCCCCCCUUCACACCUGUCUCCCCCCCCCUUUCCCUCUUUCUCACAGUUGAACCAGCAACUCUUCUCUCUGUCUGUAACUUUGGACUUCAGACAUUAUCUCAGGAAUCAGACCAUACACACACACACACACACACACGCACACACACACACACACACACACACACACACACACACACACACACACACACACACACACACACACACACACACACACACACACACAGGCAGUCCACACACACACAGAUGGGCAGUCACACACACAGACCAACCUGCAAAUUACAGACAACAGUAUCUCUCCUGGUCUCUCUGAUGGACUCCUCUGUUCCUCUCAUCCUCCUCUCACUGAUGUGGACCUGGAACAACUGCCUCAGCUAAACUGGUCUGGUCGGUCUGGCAUCGACUGGUCUGGUCUGACAUGGAAUGGGCUUGACUGGUCUGGUCUGGCUAAGGGAAGCCCUGGUUCCCUUCCCACCACUCCAGGUUUCCCCAGGAUAGGAAGAGGCUGUGAGGAGAGGCUUCCCCUCUGUCUGUAUGAUGCAGAGCCCUCCAGAUGAUAGACCUGUCAGUGAGACUGCUUACAUCAGACUAACUAGAAGGGAACUCUCCCUCUGUCUGUAUGACACAGAGCCCUCCAGAUGAUAGACCUGAGACUGCUGACUACAGACUAACUAGAAGGGUACUCUCCCUCUGUCUGUAUGACACAGAGCCCUCCAGAUGAUAGACCUGAGACUGCUGACUACAGACUAACUAGAAGAGAAGUCUCCCUCUGUCUGUAUGACACAGAACCCUCCAGAUGAUAGACCUGAGACUGCUGACUACAGACUAACUAGAAGAGAAGUCCUGUCAGUGAGACUGCUUACAUCAGACUAACUAGAAGGGAACUCUCCCUCUGUCUGUAUGACACAGAGCCCUCCAGAUGAUAGACCUGUCAGUGAGACUGCUUACAUCAGACUAACUAGAAGGGAACUCUCCCUCUGUCUGUAUGACACAGAGCCCUCCAGAUGAUAGACCUGUCAGUGAGACUGCUUACAUCAGACUAACUAGAAGGGAACUCUCCCUCUGUCUGUAUGACACAGAGCCCUCCAGAUGAUAGACCUGAGACUGCUGACUACAGACUAACUAGAAGAGAAGUCUCCCUCUGUCUGUAUGACACAGAGCCCUCCAGAUGAUAGACCUGAGACUGCUGACUACAGACUAACUAGAAGAGAAGUCUCCCUCUGUCUGUAUGACACAGAGCCCUCCAGAUGAUAGACCUGAGACUGCUGACUACAGACUAACUAGAAGGGAACUCUCCCUCUGUCUGUAUGACACAGAGCCCUCCAGAUGAUAGACCUGAGACUGCUGACUACAGACUAACUAGAAGAGAAGUCUCCUCUGUCUGUAUGACACAGAGCCCUCCAGAUGAUAGACCUGAGACUGCUGACUACAGACUAACUAGAAGAGAAGUCUCCUCUGUCAUCCCUGGGUUAUUCAUAGUGGAGGUCUGGUGGUUCAGUCCAAGCAGAAGGUUGCUGAGCCCCUGCAGGGCUGAGAGUUUACAGCUAUAAGUGUGUGUGUCUCUGUCCCAUCAUCAAGACUUAUGUUACAUUGUUGUCAUCCUUCCCAUGUUUCUCUGUCUCCCAAAACCGAUCUAAAACCUUGUUAGGAUUACAAAAUUCCCCACUUUUCCAGGAAUCCCAGUUGGAAAGUUCACAGAAUCUGUUGGGAAUAAGCAGAAAAUACCUAAUCCUCCAACCUUGGAAUUUCGGGAAAGUUGCUGUAAUUUGCAAACCUACAGGAUGUGUUUCUGACAUUAACCAUCUCAGUAAUCAUGUAUUAUUUUCACUGGGUGUGAUUUUAAAGGGGCAUAUCACCACCUUUUAACCUCAUAGUCAUUAUCUCCAGGACCAAACCAAUGUCUACUAAUGUGAAAAUGGCGUGUUAAAAAAUAAUGGCGUGUCCCUUGAAAACAUGAAUGAUAUGACAUGUCACAUGAUAUAUACUAACAGUAACUGAAGCCAGAACAAAUGUCUGAUGUACAUAACCUGUAUAGCUGUUUCUGAGACUCUUUAACCUGUAAUAUUGAUGAUAAUAUUGACAAGUGUUCAUCUGUUUGGGGUUGUUUUCUGAGUGGAUUGUUUGUUGUUGUUGCUAGCUGACUUCUGUGUUUUACUAUAGCCUCUGGUUUCAUUUGGUUUAGGUCCCAGUCCAUUGACCGGUGGCAGUGUGGGCCUGUUUGUUGGGGUGGGCAGGUAAAUGUACUGUAACUAGCUAUUAUCAGAGACUAUUUGGGUUUGAAGCUGACAGGUAGUCUAACUUGACCCAGGACAUGUGACUCACUGGUAACAGAGGGGUCAAAGGGAGGAGCCACCACAGGAGCCUCUGAAUAUUCAUGAAGUAAUUAUCCACCUCACCAGUUAUAACCAUGUAAAUAAAAUGUGAACAAUUAAAAUGUUUGAACUACAGUGUAUUAAACACCCCAAUCACCUUUUUCUUAAAGCCAUUUGAUAUAAAACAUCUGCAUAAGUUGAUGAUGUAAUUUGAUGGGAAGAUAGAAAUCAAGUCAUGUAUUAUUAGAUGGAGGAUGCCAUGUAUAGGAGUGGCAUGCUGGGUCAUAUGCAAUAUGAAGGAAGGAGGGGUGAGAGGGAGUUGUGUAAUAAAUAGACACAGUCAGGAGUUGGUCAAUUCAUUUUCAAUUCAGGAAGUGAAUUGAAAUUCAACUGACAAAAAAUGUAAUUGAGAAAAAAAACACAUGUCAAUUGAAAACUGACCAUGUUUUAUAUGAGGAUUAUAUGAAUGAGUUGAAUUGAGCCCUUCCCUGAUACAGGUGAUAACGACGGUGUGUCUAGUACUAAAAUGUACGCUGGCUGUGUGCAGGUUUAUUAGUAACUAACUCUCAUCAGUGUGUUUUGCAGCCAUGACAACCAGUGUGUCCUUUGCACUAUGUAAAUACCAUAAUACUUGUAACAACCACCUGGUAACUAAUGUCAAAACAACAUGGUUGAAUGAAGUAGCUUUUCUUUUCCCAGUGUGUCCCUGGUCUUUCUAUGUCUCUCUUUCUGACUGUACAGCAACAGUUCUCUUCUCCAUCUGGACUGAUUGUCAUUAAAAUGUUCUUUAAGUAAACUA